AUGGACUUCUUCUCUCUCUCAGGAAAAACAGCUCUCGUCACGGGUGGUACCCGUGGCAUUGGCCAGGCUAUGGCCAUUGCAAUGGCUGAAGCUGGCGCCGAUAUAGUUCUUGUCCAGAGAGACACUAGCAACCAAGAGACGAAGUCUCAGAUCGAGAACCUUGGGCGGAAAGCGACCAUUUAUACUGCUGAUCUUUCAUCGCAAGCUUCAGUGUCGCUACUCGUUUCGAGUGUCCUCCAAGUCAAUCUCACGACGGUAUUCACCCUCUGCCGCGACGUCGGCGCGCACAUGCUUACACGCACCCCUGACCGGGCGGGUCAACGCGGUAGCAUCAUCAAUGUCGCAUCUUUGGUUUCCUUCCAGGGGGGUCUCACAGUUCCCGCAUACGCAGCAGCGAAAGGCGGCGUGGCACAACUCACUAAGGCCUUAUCAAACGAGUGGGCAGCGAAAGGAAUCAAUGUCAAUGCCAUUGCGCCGGGCUAUGUCGCGACCGAUAUGAACACGGCCUUGAUCCAGGACAAGGAACGUGCUGCCAGCAUCCUAGCCCGAAUCCCUGCCGGACGAUGGGGGAAUCCGGAUGACUUCAAGGGGUGUUGA